UUUGGGCCCUAUUAAUUCUUUUCUUCAACAUUAUUUUGGCACAUCGCGAUUUAACUCUGCUCUGUAAUACACAGUUGACAGUACCACAAGUGGAAGAAAAUUGAAAAUCAACCCAACAUCACUGACUCGCCGGCCGGCGACCGAACGGGGAAACAACCGAAGCAAAACGAGCAGUCGGCAAUCUCAUCCAGAGUAACUUGCUUCCCUAAUUUUUGAGACCUCUUCUGGAAAUGCUGAUGUAAAGGCUACAGAUUCACUCAAUUAUAUUGUUUCUUCCUAACUCGUAAGAUAUAGAUAGCCAUGUCUGCAAACAACAAUAACCCUCAACAAAAGAACACCGGUGUUUCAUCCCCUUUUGGUAAUUCUUUGCCGAUGAAUCCAUCUUCCCAGCAACAAAUGGUGGCUGGAUUUGCGAACCAGUUCCAAUUUUCCGAAGCUCAAGCUCAAGCCCUCGCCCAAGCUCAGUCAAAGGCUCAGGCUCAGUCUCAAGCUCAUGCCCAAGCGCAGGCUCAAGCACACGCUCAUGCUCAAAUGAUUGCAGCCCAUGUACAAAUGCAAGCCCAAUAUCAAGCCGCUCAUGGUCUUCCAUUCAACCAAGGCCUUGCCAAUUUAGGCACACAAUCUCCUUCCCUUUCAGGCAUUGGAAAUGCUAAUGCCAAACGGUUCCCACAAAAGCCACCUGUCCGCCCGCCCAGCUACGCCGCUUCCAACACCGCCUCCCCGAUAAGGACAAUGGAAGCUGCCGCGGCCGCCCGUAGGAAAAAGCAGAAGCUUCCCGAAAAGCAGUUACAAGAAAGAGUCGCAGCUAUUUUACCCGAGUCGGCUCUUUACACUCAGCUCCUCGAAUUCGAGUCUCGAGUCGACUCUGCAUUGACUAGGAAGAAGAUCGAUAUCCAAGAGGCUUUGAAGACACCUUCCUACAUCCAGAAAACACUCCGUAUCUACGUCUUCAACACUUUUGCUAAUCAGAUCCGCACAAUACCGAGAAAACCAAACGCCGAUCCGCCCACCUGGACUCUCAAAAUCGUGGGGAGGAUUUUGGAGGAAGGGGCUGAUCCAGAACAAGCUGCCAUGAUGCAGAAAUCGAACCCUUCAUACCCAAAGUCCUCUUCUUUUUUCAAGAGGGUUACUAUCACUCUUGACCAGAAAAUAUACCCCGAUAACCAUUUGAUUAUAUGGGAUAGUGCUCGAUCGCCUGCUCCACACGAAGGGUUUGAAGUAAAACGAAAAGGGGAUCAAGAAUUCACCGCCAGCAUAAGAUUAGAGAUGAAUUACACCCCCGAGAAGUAUAAGCUUUCAGCAGCUUUGACGGAGCUUUUAGGUAUUGAAGUCGAUACUCGUGCAAGAAUCAUGGCUGCUGUAUGGCAGUAUGUGAAGGCUCGAAAAUUGCAGUGCCCAGACGAUGCAUCUUCUUUCAACUGUGAUCCGCCGCUUCAGAAAGUUUUCGGUGAAGCCAAGAUCAAAUUUACAGCUGUCACGCAAAGAAUUACGCCCCAUUUAUUUCCUCCACAGCCAAUACAUUUGGAACACAGGAUCAAACUUUCCGGAAAUAGCCCUGUUGGAACUGCGUGCUACGAUGUGUUAGUUGAUGUGCCUUUUCCGAUACAGAGAGAAUUGAAUGCUUUGUUGGCAAAUACUGAGAAGACAAAAGAGAUUGACGCAUGUGAUGAAGCGAUUUGUUCUGCUAUAAGAAAGAUCCACGAGCACAGAAGGAGAAGAGCUUUCUUUCUUGGAUUUAGUCAGUCGCCUAUCGAGUUUAUUAAUGCACUGGUAGAUUCUCAAAAUAAGGAUUUGAAGCUUGUUGCUGGCGAAACGAGUCGUAAUGCGGAAAAGGAGCGUCAUUCGGAUUUCUUCAACCAGCCCUGGGUUGAAGAUGCUGUCAUUCGCUACCUAAAUCGAAAAAUGCCGUCUGAUGCCCCUGUCAACACAUGAAUGGUCGGGAAUUCUGCAACUUGUUAAUGACUAGGAUGCAAUGUAACGAUCGUUUUUUUUUUGUUCUGGGGCAUCUGUGCUCGUUGAUUUUCAAGCGCGGGGUAAUGAAGGUUUCGUCUUCGUAAAGCACCACGCGAAGAUAGCAUGUUGUAUCCUUGUGGAAUAUCUGGAAGUUCCAGCUAAAUGGUUUCACUUAGUUUUCGUUGCUGGACUAAUACGGCAAUGUAAAUCGAUGAACGGUGAUAGUUGUAGUUCUUCUUUGUUGUAUUUAUAUGUUGUGGUAUCAUGGUAUGUGUAAUAACAGCCUAGUUGUAAUGUUUGAGAUAUUGCUUCAUGGAGAUUUUUUUUUCUCUUUUAAGUGAGUUUAUGGAUCGCCUCGAAUUUUAUUUA